GUUUGAAGCUGUUGCUCUGUGGCUUUUUGGGUCCUCGUUUUUUUUUUUAAAUAGUGUUUUAAAUUUGCGUAAAUUUGUGGUGAAAAAGUAGUUUCAUUAAUAAUUUUUAUUAUUCAUAGUUGUGCUCCCUAUCCAUUUUUGGGUUCAUUCCUGGCCUCUGUUUGCUUUUUCCUAACCCCUAGUUCUUUUACCCUCUAACCACACACAACUUGCAAUGAUGUGGGAAUUCCGCUCUUAUUCCUUCUGGAGGGCGAUUUUCGCUGAGUUCUUUGCCACCAUGUUUUAUGUUUUCUUUGGUCUGGGUGUAUCGUUGAAGUGGGCAGCUGGACCAGUUAAUGUACUGAACAUCGCACUAGCCUUUGGCUUUGCUCUAGCCACUCUAGUCCAAUCUGUUGGUCAUAUCAGUGGUGCCCACAUCAACCCUGCAGUCACCUUUGCUUUCCUUAUUGGCUCACAGAUGUCUUUCUUCCGUGCCAUAUUUUAUAUCGCUGCACAGCUACUGGGUGCUGUUGCUGGAGCAGCAGUACUGUAUGGUGUUACACCUACGGCAGUCCGUGGCAACUUGGCUCUCAAUACGAUCCAUCCUGGAUUGAGCCUUGGUCAGGCAACUACUGUGGAAGCAUUCCUGACUCUUCAGUUUGUGCUGUGUAUCUUUGCCACCUAUGAUGAAAGGAGGAAUGGUCGCAUGGGAUCUGUAUCCUUGGCUCUUGGAUUUUCUGUUGUUCUGGGACAUCUCUUUGGAAUUUAUUACACUGGAGCCAGCAUGAACCCUGCAAGAUCCUUCGCCCCAGCUGUACUUACCAGAAACUUUGUCAAUCAUUGGGUCUACUGGGUUGGCCCUAUCAUUGGCGGAGCAGUUGGAGGUUUGGUCUACGACUUUAUCCUUUUCCCCAGGAUGAGAGGCCUGAAUGAGAGAUUUUCAAUCCUUAAAGGAGCCCGGCCAGCAGUGCCAGAGGGCCAGCGUGAAACAGCUGGCGACCCCAUAGAAUUGAAAACACAGUCUCUAUAAAUAAGACCUCUGCCCAACCACAUAGCAUUAAAGAGACAUUAAGAUAAGACACACACUAUACAUAUACACAGUUUUGACCUAUACUCAUCAUCGGAGGUGUGUUUGGGGAGAGGGAUGCGGGUUAUAUUUUGAAAGAUCGUUACUAGACAAUGGGUACCUAGUUGAAGUAAUGGCAAAUGGACAUGAUUGAUGCAAGAAGGAAACAGAGCUGGGAAGGUUAAAGGAAAUACAAAAAUCUAUUUUGAAAAACGGGUUUAAUCUUAUAUAUCAAUAAAGUAUAAAACAUCGAUAGGCACCCAUUCCCCUUGGGGAAGUGAUUUGUUACUUGACAAUUUUAGGCAUUCAAUGAAGUGAAGAGAUUGCAACUUCCAAUUUCCUCUCAAAUUGCCAAAACUCUCCGAUCGUUGCUGCUGUACAUCUCACAAGCAUUUUUUUGCUGACAUUUUCCUUUUGUAAUAGGUAGAACAAGAAGGCAUGUACCAAAAAUAUUUUAAACAUACCACAUGUGUUUUCACAUUAACAUACCAAAAAUGGUCUUUUCUAGCUUUUUACGGCCUGUAAUGAAAGGUACACUCCUAGAACAAGGCACCACUUGGGUGUGUGUAUUCAAAACCGUUUUCUAUGAAACCAAGGAUAAAUGGUAUCGGUAGGACUGCUCAACUAAAGGGAGUUUUUAAUGAACCCAACUGCACAGACUAUUUUAUAAGACAUCACACCUAGUAAAGAAGGCACAUCAUAAAAAGUACCCAAUACAGAGAGAGUUGGGCAACUAUUACAUCAUAGUAUAACUAAUUAUGACUGCAUUAUAAUGUCUCCCUUAAAUGAUAUAGUAAUAGGCAUAGAAUAAUGAUUAUUUUUCCAACCUUAUUUUUAAUUUGUUCAGAUGUCUAUGAUGCAACAAGGCUUUAGCCAGUUCGAUCAUCUGAAGAAUCAAUGUGGUUUUGACACUGACAAAAAGUCUUUUUGUACUGAGUGAUUAAAAACCAGCUUAAAGGUGUGUUUAGUAGUGAACAAAUAAUUAGGGCAUUUUAUUAGGUUGUUAUUCUAAUUCAUAAAUAAGUAUAAUUUUUCUGAUGUGAUCUGAUGUGUAUUACAGUAGGGAAUUACAUGUACUGUAGAGUAUUCCUCUCAUAGUUGUAGUAAGAGAAGCUAAAAAUUCCAGAAAAGAUACCGGUUACAUGUGACAUCUGCCUAUACAUGAUCUAGCUGUGUGUUUAUAUGCCACGUGUUUUUGUAAGGACAUACUUUAAUAUGGGCAUCCUUCUAUUCCACGCUGGAUAAAAACCAAAUCUAUCACAAUAUCAUAUUCACUAAGUCAUGUCUAAAAGAAGAAUGAAAGCUUACUUACUACCCCAGGCCCUUUCCAAUAGGUCUUCCUCCCUGUUCCUGAACUGUUUAUCUCACAACUGGAUCUAUAUGUGCACCUGGCUAAAAUGCAGAGUUGCAUAAUAGGGUUGACAGACGCCAUCUCAUGCCAGUUCUGGCCCUCUUUUGUGUGAGAUUGCACAGGAGAAUCUGCAUUUGAAUCUGCACCUGGUUUUAUGUGAAUGCUCUAUCCGAAAUAACAAAAAAAAAUGUAACCUGAAGUGGCGCAAGAUAGUGCCCGAAACCCUACUGUUCUGCACUAAUUUAGCCAUGUACACAGAUAGGCCCAGUUGUGAAACUGGAGGUGAGGGAAGAAGGAUGGCUUUGGAGGGGACCUGGAGUUGUAGGUAGGGGUUCAUUCUCAUUUGAGUACGCUAUAUCAUAUUUCCUAUGCUAUAUAGUAUAUAUUUAUAUAGUGUAUAUUUUCUUUGUUGUUUGCUCACAAUAAAAUCUGAGUCAUA